ACGUGAAACCUGGUCUAGGCGGCGAAUUCGAGAUGAUGUUUGGCAGAGACCGAGCUCGCAACCCACAAAAUUCUGGGGCGAAACGUUGAAUUUUACGUAUCAGAAAUCUCUGACAGCGUCACAGGCAAAUUUUACGGCCCGAACUAGGCCAGUCAUACUCACAGGUGAUUUCGUCGCUUUUCACUUGCCUUCUCUGUCUGUUUCAUCUCAUACUGUCCUGCAAGCUCGCGAACUCAAUUGACCGAUUGCCGAUAUAUACAUCAUGGCGGACAACGGUAUACAGAAUGCUGGAGCACGACUCGAAAAAGAAGCCGACGUCAACGAGAAACAUGCAUGGCAAUCAGAUGCGAGCUCAGGCUCAUUGGAUCAUGCCAUUGAACGAGGAACCACACACCAGCUUUCUAGACAGCUCAAGUCUAGACAUUUACAGAUGAUUGCUAUUGACCCAGGUGGUACCAUUGGCACUGGGCUUUUCAUCGGUUCAGGAACAGCACUCGCCAACGCAGGUCCGGCCGGAGCUCUCAUUGCAUACGCUUUCGUGGGAACACUAGUUUACAGUGUUAUGGUGUCCCUCGGUGAGAUGUGCGCAUUCCUUCCUGUUACUGGAGCAUUCACCGCAUACGCCAGUCGUUUCGUCGACCCUUCGCUCGGUUUCUCAAUGGGUUGGGUAUAUUGGUGGGCUUGGGCUUCCUGCUACGCUCUCGAACUCACCGCGAGUGGUAUCAUCAUCCAAUACUGGCGACCUGAUCUGAGUCAAGCUAUCUUCAUCGGAUGCUUCUGGAUUGUUAUCACGGCCCUCAACUUCUUGCCAGUCAAAUUCUACGGAGAAAUCGAGUUCUACUUCGCUCUUAUCAAGGUCAUUACCGUCCUCGGCUUCAUGAUCUUCGCCAUCUGUAUCGAUGCUGGAGCUGGUCAACACGGAUAUCUUGGCUUCGAGACAUGGAGAAACCCUGGUGCUUUUGCACCAUACCUCGUCGAUGGAGGCAGAAGUACUGCUCUUGCCAAAUUCGUUGGCUUCUGGUCAGUCUUGAUCCAAGCCGGCUUUUCGUACUCAGGUACCGAGUUGGUCGCCGUCGCUGCAGGCGAGACAUACAACCCUCGCAAGACAAUCCCCUCGGCUAUCCGCAAAACCUUCUUCCGCAUCAUUUUCUUCUUCGUGUUUACGAUCUUCUUCAUCGGUCUCUUGGUCCCCUACGACAAUGAACAACUUCGCGCUGGUGGUGAUGAUGCGACUGCCUCGCCUCUCGUUAUCGCAGCCAAGCUUGCUGGUAUCAAGACGCUUCCUGGCAUCAUUAACGCAGUCUUGCUCUGCACUGUUCUGAGUGCUGCCAACUCAAACGUCUACUCAGCUUCCAGAAUUUUGGUCGGUCUUGCAGGUGAAGGCUUCGCCCCAAAGUUCUUUAUGAACACUAUUGGUGAGGUGCCUAUGUACGCUGUCGGGUUCACAUCUCUAUUCGGUCUUCUUGGUUUCAUGAACGUCUCAUCGGGCGGAAGUGUCGCAUUCAACUGGCUCAUCAACAUCAGUGGUGUUGCAGGCUUCAUCGCUUGGGCAUGUAUCUUGGUCUCUCACCUGGCUUUCAUGAGAAUCCUGAACGCCAAGGGCAUUUCCAGAGAUACUCUGCCGUACAAAGCUAUGCUUCAGCCCUGGUUCACCUACUACGGACUCUUCUUCUGGAUCUUGAUUAUUAUCACUCAAGGAUUUACCGCUUUCAUUCCUUGGGAUACAUCGAGCUUUUUCAUCGCCUACAUCAGUUUGAUCCUGUUCGUUGUGCUGUACAUCGGCCACAAGGCAAUCGUCAGACCAAGCUUCGUCAAGCCUGCUGAGGCAGAUAUCGAUUCGGGCAGAAAGGAGAUUGACGAGCAAAUCUUUGAAGAGCCAGUACCGACAACCUUCUUUGGCAAGUUCUGGGCAUGGCUCUCAUGA